AUGGCCUCCCCUUCACCCACCGAGUCUGGCAAGUCUGCCAACCCAUUGACACGACUCGACAGCGAGGGACACGACCUUCCUCCGUCUCCUGCUCCAUCGAGCCCGCGCACUGGUCGCAAGCGUUAUGCCCUCGCCACCGAACUUGUAUACACAGACAGCAAAGAUCAAUAUGGCGCCUCCAGCGUUCCUAUCUACCAGUCUGCCACCUUUAAGCAGACAUCGGCCAGCGGUGGCCAGCAAGAAUACGAUUACACACGCUCAGGAAACCCUACCCGAACCCAUCUUGAACGACACAUUGCCAAGAUUAUGAACGCUCAGCGAGCAUUGGCCAUCAGCUCUGGAAUGGGUGCUCUCGAUGUCAUUACUAGAUUGCUUCGACCUGGCGACGAAGUCAUCACCGGCGAUGAUCUUUACGGCGGCAGCCAUCGUCUGCUUACUUACUUGGCCGCAAACCAAGGUAUUGUCGUCCACCACGUCGAUACCACGACUGUUGAUAGCGUACGGGCACGCCUUUCGGAAAAGACCGCCAUGGUUCUGCUUGAGACUCCUACCAAUCCUUUGAUUAAGGUCGUUGAUAUUCCUUCCAUUGCUCGCCUGGCUCACGACGUCAACCCCAAGGCUCUGGUCGUCGUUGACAACACAAUGCUCUCGCCCAUGCUGUUCAACCCUCUGGAUGUGGGCUGUGACAUUGUGUACGAGUCAGGAACCAAGUACUUGUCCGGUCACCACGACAUCAUGGCUGGUGUUAUUGCCGUAAACGACUCUCAGAUUGGAGACAAGCUCUUCUUUGUUAUCAACUCCACGGGAUGUGGACUGUCUCCCAACGACUCAUUCCUCCUCAUGCGUGGUGUCAAGACCCUCGCCAUCCGAAUGGAGAAGCAACAAGCCAACGCCCAAGCCAUUGCAGAGUUCCUUGAGUCUCGUGGCUUCCGUGUCCGUUACCCAGGCCUCAAGUCUCAUCCUCAAUACGAUCUGCAUUGGUCUAUGGCUCGUGGUGCUGGUGCUGUUCUCUCUUUCGAGACCGGCGACCCCUCUGUUUCUGAGCGUAUCGUUGAGGCCGCCCGGCUAUGGGCUAUCAGCGUCAGCUUUGGCUGCGUGAACAGUUUGAUCAGCAUGCCUUGUCAAAUGAGCCAUGCCAGUAUUGACGCCAAGACACGAGCAGAACGACAAAUGCCCGAGGACAUUAUUCGACUGUGUGUUGGUAUCGAAGACCCGACUGACUUGAUUGAGGAUCUUUCCCGCGCCUUGGUUCAAGCCGGUGCUGUCACUGUCACUAUGGAUGGCUUCCACGCAACUGGAGCUGCCAAGGAGCUUGGAGAGACCCCCCUCGUUUUCCAAUAA